ACAGAGAAGAAGAACAGACCGUGAUAUAAACAACAACAAAUAGCGUGUGCGUUCCAUUUUCCCUCUCGUCCAUCUAAAACAUGUUUCGUGCGGCACUGGCGCUAUCAGCCAUUGCAGUGUUACUUGUGGAAGACAUUCUCAAGCAACAGUCUCUCAAGAAGCGGAAGCGAAGAAUUAGGAGAAACCACACUAAAUUGGUGAAGUCAUGGAUACUACAGCGAGAAGCUCACGGUGCUUUCCCGAACCUGUGUCGAGAGCUGGAAUUCAAUGAAGUGCCAGAUUUCAGAAAUUUCGCUCGGCUUUUUCCUGUGCAGUUCCACACGUUGGAGGAACUCAUCACUCCAAUCACCCAGAGGGAAAACACCAACUACCCGGAUUGCAUCUCCGUGGGGACACGUCUGAUGGUUACGCUGCGAUUUUUGGCAACAGGGGAAAGCUUCAGGAGCCUUUCCUACCAGUUCCGAGUGGGAGUGUCAACCAUCCGGCAAUUCGUUCCUGAGACCUGUACAGCCAUUUACGAGGUUUUAAAAGAGAAAUACCUGAAGUGCCCAGACACAGUGGAAGAGUGGCAGCAAGUAGCUGAUGGAUUCCAGGCUCAGUGGGACUUCCCAAACUGCCUAGGUGCCCUGGAUGGGAAACACAUCAACAUCCGCCCGCCUCCAGGAACUGGAUCAACCUACUUCAACUACAAACAUACAUUUUCAAUAGUGCUAAAGGCACUGGUCGACAGCAACUACAAGUUCUUGUAUGUAGAUGUAGGUUGUAAUGGGAGGAUUUCAGAUGGUGGUGUGUUUGGUGGAUGCUCACUGCAGGAUGCCUUGGAGAAUAGGACAUUCAACAUCCCUGCACCUGCACCACUUCCUGCUUCUGACCAGGCGGUUUGUUACCACAUUGUGGCAGAUGAGGCAUUUCCCCUGAAAGAGUACCUCAUGAAGCCCUAUCCGAACCGCAGGCUAGCUGUAGAGCAACGCAUCUUCAACUACAGGCUGUCACGGGCUCGGAGGGUGGUAGAAAAUGCCUUUGGCAUCCUAGCCAACCGUUUUCGGGUCUUCCUAACCACCAUAAACAUUCAAGACACUGCCAAAGUGGAGGCCAUUGUUUUGGCUUGCUGUGCUCUGCACAACUUCCUGCGCACAGAGAACUGUAGCGUAUACAUGGCGGGAGUUGUUGACCAGGAAGGACCCGAUCAUGGCACUGUCCCAGGGAGCUGGAGACAAGACCAUGACCUACGGCAAGCCACCCUGCCACCCACCACCAAUAAUCCAGCUCGAGCCAAGCAUCACAGGGAUGAACUAUGCCAAUAUUUUAACGGUAUCGGUGCAGUGUCUUUUCAGUGGGAUAAGAUAUAGCACCAUAGUUUUCUUUCAUGGUGGUUUGGCUAAUUAAUGUCAUGUGGAUUUUUUUAAGGUACGAAAUAAAGUUUUGCAUUGC